UUGGAAUAAGGACAAGUUUGGCAUUGCCGUCUUGGGGAGAAAUGUUGAGCCAAGUGUUGGUGUAUUUCCUAGUAGAGGACUAUGCCAAUUACUGGCUCCACAGGAUUCUCCACUGCAAAUGGGGUUAUGAGAAAAUCCACAGAGUCCACCAUGAAUACAUCGCUCCAAUGGGUUUUGCAGCUCCCUAUGCACAUUGGGCAGAGAUCCUAAUUCUUGGCUUUGCUUCAUUCCUUGGCCCUCUAAUGGUCCCUUGCCACAUCACCACCUUCUGGCUCUGGUUUAUUUUGCGUCAAACCGAAGCAAUUGAGACUCAUAGCGGUUAUGAAUUCCCAUGGAGUCCUUCGAAGUACAUUCCUUUCUAUGGAGGUGCAAUCUACCAUGACUACCAUCAUUUUGUUGGGGAGAGCUGUAAUAGCAAUUUUGCAUCGGUUUUCACUUACUGUGAUACCAUUUACGGCACAAACAAGGGAUACCAAUAUCAUCAGAAGCGAAUCUUUGAAAAGGUAUUAUGA